AUGCCAGUACCGACAUCCGACCUGCGGGAAAAGUCACCAUAUGAUAAGGUUGCAUGGACGUUCCGCUCUGCCAACGAGGGUGGUAAUCUGGCCGCAUAUGGAGCGUCGGACUCUUCGGUGGGGAUUGUGGAUGCCCAUGUCCUAUCGGUGCGUCGUGGAAGCGAGGUUCAGCCCGGGGAAGUUAUGCUGACUUACUACGUACGCAUGAUAGCCGAUAGUCACAUUCUGAAGGCGCACGAUUUCCCGCCGACAACGCUCCAGUUCAACCCGUCAUCGACGUUAUUAGUGUCAGGAAGCGCGGACGCGAGCAUCCGCGCUAUCGUUGUACCUCCCUCGUUUACAUCAUCUUCUACUCUUCAGAUAUGCCUCCUUCUAAUAGCCUUGUUCAUUCUGGUAGCUGCCAUCCUCAUCCAACGGUGA